AUGGAAAUCUCCUCGCGUCCAACCAAACGACUCGCCAGCACGUUCAAUGAACAUGGCGCGUUAUCAAAGAAACUACAACCUUGUCGGAACAAUACAACUACAAGCAUGAAUCCAUUGGCAUUAGCUCCCAGUGUGAUAGAAAUUCGUGCGUUUGGCCUCGAAGACCGUGCUGAAGCCGUCAUCUCCCGAGACGAGGAGAACUGGACGCUUGCAAACCUGACCAAGUGGCGUCACGACAUUUUCGAGAAGGUUGUUAAUAACUCAGGCAAUCAACAGAGUACCCAACUUAGUAGUAAACUCAGUAGCAAAGAGUACUUACGACAACGACAACGAGCAUACCGUCACCAAUGCUUUGCCUCCUAUGGCAAGCACAAAUAA